CAUACCGCCGAACCAAAUACAACGUCCGCAGCAAAGACACUAGCUGACUCUGCUCCUCCUCCUCCCCCUGUUUCUCCUCCACUUCCCCUCCAUCGUUGCCCUCCAAGAUACUCGAGAAAUUAAUCCAUGUGCGGCGGUGCCAUCAUCUACGACUACAUCCCGGCGCGCCGCCGGGUGUCCGCCGCCGACUUCUGGCCCGACGACGACGCGGAUGCGGAGGAUUCCCAUGCCCAACCCCAACGCACCCCCGAGAGAGCGCCUCGCGUGAAGCGGGAGCGGAAGAACCAGUACCGCGGCAUCCGGCGGCGGCCGUGGGGCAAGUGGGCGGCGGAGAUCCGCGACCCCGUCAAGGGCGUCCGCGUCUGGCUCGGCACCUACCCCACCGCCGAGGCUGCCGCGCGCGCGUACGACCGCGCCGCCAGGCGCAUCAGGGGCGCAAAGGCCAAGGUCAACUUCGCCAACGACAGGUCCUCCGUGUCCGCAACGGCUGCGGCUGCUCCGGCCCAGGCCGUGCUCCCGCCGCCAAAGGUGGAGGCAGAGGCGGGUCUGUCCGACGAGGUCAAGGAGCUGUCCGAGGAGCUGAUGGCGUACGAGAACUACAUGAGCUUCCUCGGCAUCCCCUACAUGGAGGGCGGGAACGCGGCCGCCCCUGCACCCGCCGCAGCCGCCGUCGAGGAGCCGCAGGCGCCGGCGCCGGCCGUGCUGUGGAGCUUCGAGGACUACUACCCGUCGUCUCUGGCGCUCUUUACCGAGAAUAAUUAAUGUAUUUUGGUAAUAACUUUUUUCUUUGAAAGAUGUUCCUGCUCGUUCCAGUCGCGGUGACAAGUGUCGACCUCUUGUCUUGUGUUUUGUCGAACUCAUCCAUUGUUUGAUUUGUAACUUUUGUCGGUGUCUUUUGGAACCCUGAAGUUCCAUGUAAUCAAAAUUUCCAGUUAACUGUUGAGGCUAAUUA